AUGACCCCUGGCAGUACUCGGGUGUACCGCUGGGCCGACCACUCGAGCACGGUGCUGCAGCGGCUGAACGAGCAGCGUCUGCGCGGGCUCUUCUGCGAUGUCGUCCUGGUGGCGGACGAGCAGCGCGUGCCGGCCCACCGCAACCUGCUGGCCGUGUGCAGCGACUACUUCAACUCCAUGUUCACCAUCGGCAUGCGCGAGGCCUUCCAGAAGGAGGUGGAGCUGGUCGGCGCCUCCUCUGUCGGGCUCAAGGCCGUGGUGGACUUCCUGUACGGCGGGGAGCUGGCCCUGGACGGCGGCAACAUCGACUACAUCCUGGAGACGGCCCACCUGCUGCAGAUCUGGACGGCGGUGGACUUCUGCUGUGAGUACCUGGAGCAGGAGGUGAGCGAGGACAACUACCUGUAUCUACAGGAGCUGGCCUCCAUCUACAGCCUCAAGCGGCUCGACGCCUUCAUCGACGGCUUCAUCCUGAGCCGCUUCGGCACGCUGUCCUUCACGCCCGACUUCCUGCAGAACGUGUCCAUGCAGAAGCUGUGCGUCUACCUGAGCAGCAGCGAGGUGCAGCGGGAGUGCGAGCACGACCUGCUGCAGGCCGCCCUGCAGUGGCUCACGCAGCAGCCCGAGCGCGAGGCCCACGCCUACCAGGUGCUGGAGAACAUCCACUUCCCGCUCAUCCCCAAGAACGACCUGCUGCACCGCGUCAAGCCGGCCGUGUGCUCACUGCUGCCGCGGGAGGCCAACUGCGAGGGCUUCAUCGAGGAGGCGGUGCGCUACCACAACAGCCUGGCGGCCCAGCCCGUCAUGCAGACUAAGCGCACGGCGCUCCGCACCAACGAGGAGCGCCUGCUCUUCGUGGGCGGCGAGGUCUCCGAGCGGUGUCUGGAGCUCAGCGAUGACACCUGCUACCUGGACGCCAAGAGCGAGCAGUGGGUCAAGGAGACGCCCCUGCCGGCCCGGCGCAGCCACCACUGUGUUGCUGUGCUGGGGGGGUUCAUCUUCAUCGCCGGCGGCAGCUUCUCCCGGGACAAUGGAGGGGAUGCGGCGUCCAAUCUUCUUUAUAGGUAUGACCCCCGCUGUAAACAGUGGAUCAAGGUAGCCUCCAUGAACCAGCGCCGCGUCGAUUUCUACCUGGCCUCCAUUGAAGACAUGCUGGUGGCCGUCGGCGGCCGGAACGAGAAUGGAGCUCUUUCCUCGGUGGAGACUUACAGCCCCAAGACCGACUCCUGGUCCUACGUGGCCGGCUUGCCAAGGUUCACCUACGGCCACGCGGGCACCAUCUACAAAGAUUUCGUGUACAUCUCGGGGGGCCACGACUACCAGAUCGGCCCCUACCGCAAGAACCUGCUGUGCUACGACCACCGGACGGACGUGUGGGAGGAGCGGCGGCCCAUGAGCACAGCGCGUGGCUGGCACAGCAUGUGCAGCCUGGGGGACAGCAUCUACUGCAUCGGCGGCAGCGACGACCGCAUCGAGUCCAUGGAGCGCUUCGACGUGCUGGGCGUCGAGGCCUACAGCCCGCAGUGCAACCAGUGGACCCGCGUGGCCCCCCUCCUGCACGCCAACAGUGAGUCGGGGGUGGCCGUGUGGGAGGGCCGCAUCUACAUCCUGGGCGGCUACAGCUGGGAGAGCACGGCCUUCUCCAAGACCGUGCAGGUGCCAUCGCCGGCGUGUCCGCCUGCGUGUGCGCCCUGA